GGUUUGUGUAUCCAGAGCCACUGAGUACAGGACAGAGAAGGUAGCUCCACUGGAGUUCCUCAAAUCAGGAUUUUCCUCCCCAACUCUGGACUAUCAUGACCAGGGAGCUGCUGGCUCGCAACAGGGACGAGGAUUACUGUCACAGCCUAGACACUGCUUUCGGAUAUCCAAACGAUGGAAAUAGCCUGUUUUAUUAAUCUGCUUUGAGGUCUUCAGUGGGAUUUGAGGCACACUCCACACCCCGGCUGCUUAUGAAAGGUGCAACUUUGAUAUACCAUGGAGAAGAGGUGAUCCGGUUCUUCUGCAGCUAAAGAAAUACUAUCAAAGAUCAUGGGGAAUUCAUACGCGGGACAGCUGAAAUCGGCCCGCUUCGAGGAAGCUCUUCACAACUCCAUAGAGGCCUCGUUAAGAUCGAGCGGUGACCCUCAGCCCGUAUUCACACAGCUGUAUCUCCAGCCUGACCAGUAUCCUAGCAACCUGCAAGAUAUUAAGCCCAAAAUGGACCUGAGCAUUAGGCCCGACCUGUCCAGCCAUGUGCUGGUGAAUUGCAAGUCGUCCAAUUCCAUUGAAGAUAUGGAUGACGAGGAUGAUUCAGACACCAGCAGCCCCCCGCUCCCGUAUCUUCAGGGCCCCCCUCCUGACGGCUGCUGCACUGUUGACGGCUUCUGUCAAGCGGGAAAGGAUCUGCGCCUGGUUUCCAUGGCAACAGAGUCUAUUGAGGUUCCCAUGGGGUUUGAGCUGGUUGGUGCCAAAUCUCCCAGCAUCCCGGAGCACAUCCUCGUCUGUGCGGUGGACAAGCGCUUCCUGCCAGAUGAGAACGGGAAAAAUGCACUUUUAGGGUUUUCAGGGAACUGUGUGGGCUGUGGUGAGAAAGGGUUCCGAUACUUCACUGAGUUCUCCAACCACAUCAACUUGAAGUUAUCCACUCAGCCGAAGAAGCAGAAGCACUUGAAGUACUACCUGGUGAAGAACUCCCAGGGUGCUCUGUGCAAGGGAACGCUCAUCUGCUGGAAAGAUUGUAAGACGAGGCCAUUCUCGGGCAGUGCUUCUUCAUCCAAGCCUAGUUCCUCAUCCUCACUAAGCAGCAAAGAAAAUGGAGACACAAAUGGCCACAGUCCAUCUCCAUUCCCCCUCUCAGACUCGCCUCCUGCCCGCAUGCAAUCUGGCUCAUCCUCAGGGAUUUUUGGACCCCCGGAGCUGGGCUUCCUCAAACCGUUGAACACACCGACCCACGGGACCAAGACUUUACCCAUCGUUCCCACUGCCCUGCGAGUAAACAGUCUAACUAAUGGUCUGAGUAUAGACGGACGGUCCAGCCUACUGAGCCCACCUCAUACAAACCCACUGGCCACCCCUACUCAUGGCUAUAGGGCCAUAGAACCAGGAGACAGUCCAGCAUCCUCUGCUAUGUCAUCCGGUCCUCCUAAAAAGCGUCACCGCAGCUGGCACCCCACGUCUCUCGUCCCCGUCCCUGUGCCAGCCAUCCGGCCGCUGGCAUGCAGCCCAGGUUCUUUAUUGUCCCUGACCAAUCAGCAGCCUCCAUCAGUGUCAGGGGUCAUACAACCCCAACCAAUCACAGCAGGAGAAACUGUCAUCAUCCCUGACAACCUUCUGAACUCCUCUGGGGUCCGACCAGUCCUUCUCAUUGGUCAGGGCACUUUGCCGUACUUCUUUGGCAAUGUGGGUGAUCUGGUGGUGAGCCCCCUGCUGGUGAGCUGCUAUAAGGGCCGAGAGCUCAAUGAGAAGACCCUCAUCAGCCUGGGCAUGUCAGCAAGCCAGUUACUCACCACAGAGACCAUGAUACUGCUCACACUGCAGUACCUCGCUCGGCUGGGUACGGAGCAGAUCCCGUUACGGGAAGAGUUCGAGCAGAUCAUACUGAAGGCCAUGCUGUGCGGUCCGAAUGGCCCUCCGGUGUCCCCUGCCCAGCUGCCCUGGUUAGCUCGAAUGGAGGCCAGUGUGUCAGGGGGCUGUGUUCAGGUGCUGGUCAGCCACGGCUCUCUGGGCGAGGGCAUCUCUGAGUCGCUGCGUUCGCUGAGUGAAACACCGCCGCAGCAGCAGCAGUGUCUGCCCAACUACGUGCUCAUCAUCUGCACCUCCAAAAGUGGAGCGAAUGAGUUCUGUGUGCUAGUGAUGGGUAAAUAUCAGUCUCGAGCCUUGGCGGAGAGCAUGCUCACUACCAAUGAGUUUCUGAAGGAGAUCAGCUAUGAGCUCAUCACCGGGAAAGUGAGUGUGCUCGCCUCACACUUCCAGAGCACCUCAUUAGGCGACAACAUGGACAGACAGCUGGUUCGGUAUCAGCGUAAGCGCAAAGACCGCGUGGUUCAGCCGUUUCAGGGACAUCUGACCGAGUACAUUCACUCCCAAGAGGCCGCAGCCAUGCUACCAGAAGCAGGACCAGAUCUGCUGAGUGAGGGCUUUCAGAUACACCCUCCACAGCUGAGCGUUGCUCGCAGUCUGUUGUCUCAGGUGUGUGCCAUCGCCGACUCGGGGAGCCAGAGCCUAGAUCUGGGACGCUUCUGUAAAGUGGACUUCCUGAUUCUGGUGCCGCCGUCACACGUCCUGGUUCACCAAACCGUCCAGCGAAUACAACAAUCAGGCGUCCUGAUUGAUCUAGGUAUAGAGGACGCCUCAUUAGCGCUGCAGAAGUCUGACAAGUAUGUGGUGCGUCUGGACGCAGAGGUCCACACAAAAAUGGAGGCCUUCAUGAGGAAAGUCAAGCAGAACCCUUACACGCUCUUCGUCCUGAUUCACGACAACUCACACGUCGACCUGACCAGCGCUCUGUCAGGGUCGGUGUGUCACGGGGAGUUGCAGGGAUUGGCCGACCGCGUGGUGAACUGUCCCGAGGUUCUGGAAGCAAUAAACUUGCUGGUUCUGCAGGUCAGCUGCUUCCCGUUCACCCUGCAGAGCCGUCAGUCACGCAUCAGCACCCAGAACGAAGUGCACUGGCCCAGCACUGACGACCUGCAGGCCGAGGCGUCUCCGAAGGACCUGGUCUACUUCGGGCUGAAGGACUACAGCAGCUCGCUGCAGUGGGGGGUCGCCAGCCCCAUCCUCAGAUGUGACCACGCUUUUGAGCGGAUGGUCAAAACCCUGCUGGAGAGGCAUCCACAUUUGCACAGCAUGGUGAUCCGCAGCUAUCUGUUGAUACAGCAGUACACAGAAGCCCUGAUGGCCCUCACAGCGGCCCCGUCGCUGCGGGAUCACGUGACCCCUCAGACCCUGGCCAUGGUGGAGGAUCUGCUGAGUGUCCCGGGCCGCAGCAGACACGGGUGCGGACACAUGCUGCUGGUGCGUGUGCCCUCUCUGCAGCUGGCACGGCUGGCACAGGAGCGUUUGGAGGAGGCUCGGGACAAGCUGGGUCUUCAGUACCGCUUCGCCGUGCUGCUGGGGAGCCCUGCUGCUGAGAUCAGUCUGCCGGUUCACUUCUGUGCACGUCUGCGGGCUUGGAAGGGCUGUAAGAACGAAGAAUGGGUUCCACACACCUAUGAAGAUCUGGAAGGACUCCCGUGCAUCGUCAUCCUCACAGGAAAAGAUCCUCUCGGAGAGACCUUCCCAAGGUCGCUGAAGUACUGUGACCUGCGGCUGAUCGACUCCAGCUACCUGACGCGUACUGCACUGGAACAGGAAGUGGGUUUGGCCUGCUCGUACGUGACACGCAGAGUCAUACCUGAGACGAAAACGCCAGCGGGCAGAGAAGAGAGACCGACAGAUGAGGAGAGGAUCCCGGGAGAAACAGCAGACCACGACGAGCUCCAGAUGGAUCUGGAGAGACCCCCCAGCAAUGCCAGCGCUGCCACCAGGACCUCCGGCUCCACCACAGAAAACGGCGUCAGUUCUUCGGGUGUACUGGACAAAGCGUCCUCGCACAGCGAGUCGUCCAGCAGCCGAAAUCUAAUCAACUCUUGCUCGUCUCCGGGUGGCUUCAAACAGGAGUGUGACUCCCAGGCUCCCAGCUCUUCUGCCACGUCCUCGUUCUCCUCUGCCUCCUCCUCCUCCUCUUCCUCCUCUCCGGGAGCUCAGCGGCCGAGCCAGUCCACUCAGGCCCCACGUGAAUGCAGCCGGGCACAGGUGUUCCCCCGGACGGCGGUGCUGUCCCGGGCGGCGUACGCCCUGCUGGCCCCUGAGGCGCUGGGUCAGCCCAGCUCGGCGUCUCUGCUGCCUCACGCGGAUGUGUCCUGGAGCAGCCCGCUCAGACCGCCGGUUCCUCACGCUCUCGGAGGGGUGGAGAUGUCCCUGUACUACCGCCAGUGGACCACAGCCAGGCAGCACCACGCCGACUAUGACGGGCCGGCUGUGCCCCAUCCCAGAAGACUGCUGCUGAGCGGACCACCACAGGUUGGAAAAACAGGUGCGUAUCUGCAGUUCCUGCGAAUCCUGUUCCGUAUGCUGAUCCGCCUGCAGGAGGUGGACGUGUAUGAUGAAGAAGAGCUGGAGGAAGAUGUGCAAGACAAAUCCAAGGCUGCCCCUGCCAGUGGACCGCAGUGGCCUGACGUGGAGGACAUCCGCAAACUGCCCUUUGACCUCUACCCCCGUGACCCCAAGUUCAGAUACACGAGUCCAGUGUAUGCAGACAGGAUGCCAAAGACACUGAAUGGGGUUAAAACAGAAAGGCUGGAGGCAGAAGGGGAGCUGGCGAAGAGAAACACAGUGUCUGUCAGACUCAGCCUGUUUGCGGCCCACAAUGCAUUUCACCGCUGUGAGCAGUGCCACCAUUACAGCGAGCCUGCUCCUGCCGCUCAGCUGUCCGAAUGCACCUUCCAUGCCUUCACGUUCUGCUCCUCCAUGCUGGGAGAGGAAGUCCAGCUGCACUUUAUUAUUCCUAAAGCCAAAGAGCCUCACUUCGUGUUCAGCCAGCAGGGCAGUCAUCUAGAGAGCAUGCGGCUCCCGCUGAUCUCAGACAAGGAGUCUGGCACGCUGAAGAGUCCCAUCUUCACCCCUACCACGGGCCGCCAGGAGCACGGCCUGCUCAACAUCUACCACGCCACGGAGGGAGCCCAGCACCUGCACAUUCUGGUGGUCAAGCAAUAUGAAAUGCCUCUCUACAGGAAGUACUGGCCCAACCACAUCCUCCUGGUGCUCCCCGCCAUGUUCAACAACUCCGGAGUGGGAGCGGCUCGAUUCAUGAUCAAGGAACUGUCCUAUCACAACCUGGAGCUGGAGAGGAACAGACAAGAGGAGCAGGGCGUCAAACGACAGGACGUGUGGCCCUUCAUCGUGAUGAUGGACGACUCCUGCGUCCUGUGGAGCGCCCACCAGCCUGGACCCGAGGGCAACAGGCAUGUGAUGAACGUGUCACUGAAGAGCGUCCUGCAGCACAUGGAGGCCACUCCUAAGAUCCCUCUGUAUGCCAUGUGUGGCCUGCGCAAAUGGAGCAGUGCUUUGUCUUCUCGAGCACCCACAAGCCCUUUCUCUCGCUGUCACCUGCACGACCUCAUCAUGCUGAACGUCGACCUCACCCAGAACGUCCAGUACGACCUCAACCGGUUCACAUGUGAAGAGGUGGACUUUAACCUGAGGGCAAACAGCAGCGGUCUCCUGCUCUGUCGGUUCAAUCACUUGAGCGUCAUGAAGAAACACAUCCCCAUCGGAGGACAUAAAGACUUCCUCAUCAAGCCCAAACUCAUGAGGUUGGAGACCCCGGUGCGUGUGUGUGCGUCUCAGUACGUGUGCGCUCCGGACACUGAACACACACUUCUGUCUGCGCCGGCUCAGUUCCUGCUGGAGAAGUUUCUUCAGUCCUGCAGCCACCGGCUCUUUCCUCUGGCCGUCUGUAACAGCGCUAACCCCGUGCUCUCCAUAGACAGCUACCUCAACCUCGGCCCACAGAUUCAGACGUGUUACAUGAGCUCCCGGCCGCACUCGGUGAACGUGGAUCAUCAAGGCGUGAUGUUCGGCGGACUGCUGCUCUACUUGUGUGACUCCUUCGUCGUUUCAAGCCUCCUGAAGAAAUUCAACUUCCUCAAAGGCGCCACGCUGUGUGUGAUCUGUCAGGACCGCAGCUCUCUGCGUCAGACUAUUGUGCGUCUGGAGCUGGAGGACGAGUGGCAGUUUCGUCUGCGGGACGAGUUUCAGACGGCCAACUGCAGCGAGGACCGUCCCCUCUACUUCCUCACCGGCCGCCAUAUCUGACCUCCUCAUCUCCUUUUCCCUUCAACCGCUUGGCUGUUUGUUCUCCAGCAUCGUAGCUCUCCAACACCGGCUUCUGAAGAGAACCAGACUUGAGAUUGUCAUCCCUUCAGCACUUCCUCAGACCAUGAGGAUAGAUCCGUUGAAGAAAUGACCAAUUGUGUUUCCAUUUUUAUAUUUUCAAAAAACUUUGUUUGUUGGUGAUUGUGCUUGUCCUAACACAGGAGGACACUGCGAAGGAUACGUCCUUCUACACAUGAUCUCAGGGAAUUGUGUUCAUGAGACUGCUAUUCUUUCUGCUUUAUGUACUGCUCACCAUUAAUGCCGUCCACCAAAGACCAAGGAGCGUUUGAUUGGGAAAUCUCAGCGUGGUGAAAAGACAAACAAUCUUCUAUAAUCUUUAAUCUUGCCAAAGAUAUCCAAAAAACAUUCCUUGCUCCUCAGAGAUGUCAGGGACCCAAGUUUGGGCGUCGCAAAGGUUACAAAGUUCAAUUACUGAUGUCAGCAGCCGCUAAUGAAAGCCAUUUAUGAUCUUAUUGAUUCCGGCCAGAAUGAUUGUAAAUGCCAUUUGGUGCAUGUCUCAAAAGUGUUAAGGUCAUGUUGUUUAAAGUUAGCAUCGACUAAUCAUAUUCUUCAGUCAAACAUUGCCUUUAUUGAAGUAGCUGGGGACGUUUCGGAGUUGCACACUUGUUGACGUUGACACAAUCCCAAAAGACGAUUAAUAUCAGUGAAACUGGAAAAACAAUGGCCGUUUCCUAAUGAUAGCUACCUAUAGAUGGUAUGUUUGAGAAGAUGAAUGUUCUGAAUUGUGUUUAGGACUUUGUUUACAUUUUAAGAAAUGCCGAUAUUAAUAUAUAUGACAGACUUUGGUUUUGGAUUCUGGCUAGUUUUACCGAAGAGUCACUUUGAGCCGUAUGUGACACGGAUCAAACCGUGUCCUUUUGUUUUUCCAACGGCACAAAGAAUCUUCCCAGGACCCGUUCGUUUCUGUCUCGGGUGAUUUAUUUAAAAUGAGAAAAAUGGAUCCCUUUUUUGAGGGAUGGUUUUAUUUAUUGAAAAAGCUUCUUGGACUGAUAAUCAUUGAAAUAUCAGGAAUGCUUUGCUAGGUCAAGUCCUUGAAUUCAUCACUGAAAGCUUUGCACACAGAUGAUGUAUUAGAAAUCAACUAAUGUGAAGCAUGCCAGACGUAUGGUUUACGUUAUUAUGAACCGACUGGAGCGUUUGGAAUAAAACGCACCAGUUCCCAUAAUGAUAUUGAAUGUAAUGAUGAAGAAAGCCUGAAACCCACUGGACAACCUUUCGAAUGUGUCUCAAUCGUAGCUAAUUUGAUGUGCACAUACAUGAUGCGAUUUGCUUCUCACAAUCUUUGCAUCUUUGCUGUCAGCUGUGAAAUCUUCUACCUCGUGAUCUACUGCUUUAGUAAACAUUUGAUUUCACAAAAAUGUCGUUGUUGCUGUCGAGAUAAAUGAAUGUAAUAAAGUGUUAUCAACAAUUUAUGUGAAACUUUCUGAUGUCAAAAAUGUGGAAAGCUCUGCUAAACACGUGAUCUUUUUAUAGUAAUCUUGUUCAUUGUCAUGUGCAGGUUUAGCUAACUGUAUACUGUACCGUACUGUGUUGUAUCUAUUGAUGAUAAGCUGUUUCUGUAACACA